AUGUCAUCCAUAACAACAAUUUCAACAACAGCAAAAGUCAAAGAAACAGAGUCAAAUCAAUGUCCUGUCCUCAACGGGGAGCCUUCGGGCUGCCCCUACUCCAAAGGAGAAAAGAUACCAGGCCCAACCGCCUAUCCCCUGAUCGGCAGCAUCCCACACCUUGACCUCAAGGCUCCUUUUGAAUCUAUGUUGGCAAUCCAAAAACAGUACGGCCCAGUCUUCCAGAUGGUGUUUGCAGGCAAGCGCGAGAUCAGCGUGUGCACGCGGGAGCUGGCUCACGAGGUGUGUGACGAGACGCGCUGGCACAAGCUCGUAACGAGCGGCGUGUCGACGUUGAGGCAGGUGGUGCAAGACGCACUUUUUACGGCGCACCACGGCAGCCGGCAGUGGGGGAUCUCCCACCGUAUCCUUAAGCCCAUAUUCGGCCCGCUCAGCGUUCGCAGCAUGUUUGACGAGAUGAGUGACGUCGCAGAGCAGCUUUGUCUCAAGUGGGCUCGUCACGGUCCAGACCACGCCAUCGACGUGGCAGGCGACUACACACGUCUGACCCUCGACACCAUUGCCCUCUGCAUGAUGGAUUAUCGCUUCAAUAGCUUUUAUCGCGACGGCCAGCACCAUCCCUUUGUCAAGCACAUGGUCUCCAUCCUGAGCGAGGCCGACAUCCAAGCCAUGUUGCCGGAUUGGGCCGGUAUCUUUCGCCCCAGGGCCAUGCGCAAGUUCAAAAAGGACAUUCAGCUCAUGACAGACCUGUGCAGGGGCAUGGUCGAAGCCAGGAGGCGCAACCCCGUGGUGCGGCGCGACUUUCUAAACGCCAUGCUGAAGAACAGCGACCCGGAGACGGGGGAGCGUCUCGACGACGACGAGAUCGUACGCAACCUCAUCACCUUCCUGGUGGCCGGGCACGAAACCACCUCUGGCAUGUUGUGCUUUGCCACCUACUACCUCCUCACCCACCCGGAGACGCUCGCCAGGGCGCAAAAGGAGGUCGACGACGUGGUCGGCACGGGCCCAGUGACUGCCAGCCACCUCGGAAAGCUGCCGUACCUGGACGCCGUGUUCCGCGAGGCGCUACGGCUGAUGCCCACUGCGGUUGCCUUCUACGUGACGCCCUACAAGCCCGAGAUGCUGGGUGGCAAGUACCUCGUCCAGCCUGGCGAGGCCGUCUGUCUGCUUCUGGACCCCAUCCACCGCGACAAGGCCGUCUACGGGCCCGACGCUGACGAGUGGAAGCCGGAGCGUAUGUUGCAGGACGAGUUCGAGGCGCUGCCGCCGGAUGCGUGGAAGCCGUUUGGCAACGGGCAGCGUAUCUGUCUGGGCAUGGCGUUUACGUGGCAGGAGUCCAAGCUCGCCAUGGCUAUGCUGUUGAAGAAUUUUGACCUGAGCAUGGAUGAUCCCGAGUACAAGCUCAAAAUCAAACAUCUCUUAACCAUCAAGCCAGAGGGGUUCAAUAUCAGGGCGAAACUGAGACAUGGGAGGACGGCAACGGAUCUGCACGGAGACCUGAGACAGGCACGGCCGGAAGGCAAAGAGACGGCGAUGCGUCAGGAUAUUCCCCUGGACCAGGAAAGAGAAAUAUCCAUACUCUACGGCUCAGAUACCGGCACUUGUGAGGCCCUCGCCAACCGCCUCGCCUCCCAUCUCGACAGCCGCGGAUUCAAAACAACGGUCGGGACAAUGGACUCGGCCGUUGGCAAGCUGCCCCAGCUCUCCGUCUUCAUAUGCGGCACGUACCACGGAAAACCAGCCGGGAACGCGGUAAAGUUCAUGGAGUGGUUGGAACAGCUACAACCCGGCGAUCUGGGUCACAAAUCCAACGCACCGCGGUAUUCCGUCUUGGGGUGCGGCCACAGCGACUGGGCGUCGACAUUUUACAUGUUUCCUCUUAUGCUUGACGCUCGGCUCGAGGUGGCCGGCGCGGCACGGCUGAUGCCCAUGGGAAAGAUAAAUAACGCCAAGGAUGACGCUUUUGAGGUUUUGGAUCGUUGGACAACCGGGCUGCUGGGCGCGGUGCAAGACGGCCAACCAGGGACUGGUUCAUCAUCGCCAUCACCAGCCGUCAAAAUAACAGUCACAAAGACUCCUGACAAGGUGCCAACAACCCCUGCCCCUCCCUCAGGCUUUUCCCAAGCAACCGUAACAAGCGCAAAGACUCUGGCUGUGAACCCAGCCACGAGACGUCUGGAAAAGGGCCACAUCGAUUUCGUCCUUCCCGCCGACGCUAGAUACGAACCAGGCUGGCACGUGCAGGUCAUGCCACGGAACGACAGCGCUACCCUCGAGCGCGCCUUGGCCCGUUUUGGCCUGCGCAACGACGACGUGGUGGUCGUGAGCAGCGAGGGCGGGAGUGGUCUCGGGCUUGACCUCCCAGUUGACGUGCCCAUCCAUGCCUCGCACCUUUUCGCCAGCAAAGAUCUGCGACGUGCCAUCACAAGGCCGGAAGUCCUCGACAAGUUAUCCGAAGUGGCCGAUGACAACAAGACUAAAGACGAGUUGACAAAACUCAAGUCGGCAAACCUGGAAGAGAACCCACAAAGUCUGCUCGAGGUUCUGGACCGCUUCCCGACCACAGCCGUACCCCUACCCCUGGCAGACUUCCUCGCACUCCUGCCGCGCAUGCAACCACGAACAUACUCCUUCUCCUCGUGUCCGAGCUACAUGGCAGAACUGGACACCAAGACCACUACCACAGCACAAGACCACCAGCUCGCCUCCCUCACCUUCUCCAUCGUCGAUCAGCAAACCUCACCGACUCGCGGCGUCGGCUCCAACUUCCUUUCCUCACUUAAAGCCAACGACCCCAUCCACAUCUCCAUCCGCGCUGGGCAAGACACCAGCACCUUCCGCCUCCCCUCGGACCCCUCCACCCCGGUCAUCAUGAUCGCCGCGGGGGCGGGCAUCGCACCCUUCCGCGGAUUCCUGCAGCAGCGCGUCGAGCUGCUCCGGAAAGGCGUCGGGCUCGGGCCAGCCCUGUUGUUUUUCGGCUGCAGGGGCCCGCACGACGACCUGUACCGCGACGAGCUGGAGGGCUCCUUUGCAGAGGUGGUCACGGUCGAGCGGGCGUAUUCUCGCGCAGCCGGGGGUGUGGCGGGCAGGUAUGUUGCCGAUGCCAUGCUCGGCCCGCGGCGGGAUGAAGUGGUCAAGCUUUGGGGCAAGGGCGCGGUCGUGCUCGUCUGCGGGACCAAGAAGCUCGCGGAAGGUGUUGAGGCAGCGCUGGGCCCGGUUUUGUUCGAGGCAGAUAGGCGGGAGAGUAUAAUUGAGGCGGAUGCUGACCGGGAGGCCUGGUGGGAUGGGUGCGUCGAGAAGGGGAGAUAUGUAAUCGAGGUUUUUGCUUGA